ACUUACUACAUUCCCAAUCUCUCUUUUCACCUCCCUCCUCUCGAACUACCCUUCCUUGGACCAGCACACCCUCACAGACUCAGGAGACGAGAGACCUCGCAGCGGAAAAAGUAAUUCCAAAACAAAUUUAAAAUAAAAAGGUAGCUACUUGGGUGAGACGGAGAAUUGGUCGUCUCUCUGGUGGUUAAGCACUGUAGAGCAGCUGUUUCGGAGAUACGCAGUAAAGGAGAAGAGGUAAAAAAGAAAAAGGAAGGAAAUAAUAGUGACGGGGGUGGAAAAAAGGGUAUAUAGUGUGAGAUAGAAAGAGAAAGGGAGGAAAGAAAGAGAUGGUGGGCUCAGGAGCAUCAGAUAGGAGCAAAGAAGCUGUUGGGAUGAUGGCCCUUCAUGAGGCCCUCAGAACCGUCUGUCUCAACUCAGACUGGACUUACUCUGUCUUCUGGACCAUCCGUCCUCGCCCAAGAGUCAGAGGAGGUAAUGGCUGCAAGGUUGGAGACGAUAACGGCAGCUUGAUGCUGAUGUGGGAAGAUGGGUUUUGCCGAGGAAGGGUUUCAGAUUGUCUGGAGGAGAUGGAAGGAGAGGAUCCUGUCAGAAAAGCCUUCAGCAAAAUGUCCAUUCAGUUAUAUAAUUAUGGAGAAGGGUUGAUGGGCAAGGUUGCAUCUGAUAAGUGCCACAAGUGGGUCUUCAAAGAGCCAGCAGAAUGUGAACCCAACAUCUCCAACUACUGGCAGAGCUCCUUUGAUGCUCUUCCUCCCGAAUGGACCGACCAGUUUGAGUCAGGUAUUCAGACCAUCGCUGUAAUUCAAGCUGGCCACGGCCUCCUCCAACUUGGCUCUUGCAAGAUUAUUCCUGAAGACCUCCAUUUUGUGCUGAGAAUGAGGCACACAUUUGAAUCUUUGGGGUAUCAAUCUGGGUUCUAUCUCUCACAGCUCUUCUCUUCAACAAGGAGCACUACAUCUUCUACUUCACUCGCAUCAAAACCAUCCUCCACCAUGCCUACUCGAGCGCCUCCUCCUCUCUUCAACUGGGGUCAAAGGCCGCUCGUAGCUUCUACUGCAGCUUCAAUGCUAUCCUCACCCAAUUUUCAACACACAGCAAGACUCGGAGGUUUCCCACAGGCAAAAGACGAGACCCAUGUAUUUCUGAUGCCUCAUCAUUCAUCGUCCGGUCAACCUGCAAGAAUGGAAGAUAUGAUGGGGGAGAAUGAGAAUGACAUAAAAUGGCCAAAUGGGCUGUCCUUCUUCAAUGCUCUUACAGGACAAAACGAUGAUGCAACUAAGCUUCUGUUCAACCCUGAGAGCUUGGAGAACAAACCAGAUGAAGCCUCAAACCCGAACGAGUUCUUGAGCUUGGACAGCCACCACCAGACAGAUAGUGGGAGGAAAAUGGACAAGUUUAAGAGGAGCUUCACUUUACCUGCUAGAGUGGCUUCAUCUUCAUCAUCAACCUCCAUGGAUCAUCAUCAGCAUCAGCAACAACAGCCACCUGUGGAGUAUAGGAAUUCUGAAGGAGGUAUGUACUCGGAUGUCAUGGAGACCUUUUUGGAGUAAACUGAGGAAGAAGGAUGAGGAGGUGUUUGUACGUAGGCACAGUUGAUUACUAGUGUUCCUUUUUCUUUUUCGCCCUUACCAUGUGUUUGUCUUCUUCCACUUUGUAAUCCUGUGUUUGUGUUUUGACCUAAUGGGACUUCAUCAAUGAUCAUUCCUUUGUUA